AUGUUACUGUUCGUGAGACUGUGCCUCGCAUUUGUCUCCUGCGCCUUGCUCGCCGAUGCACAAGACUCCGUCGGGCAGCCGUCCGCCACAGAGACCGUCUGGGUGACCGACGUGGUCACGUCGUCUAUCCUUGACGCGCCGGCGACAGUGCCCACAGGCUCCGCGGUCCUUGAGGCUGCCGCUUCUGUUACUGCGACCCCGUCGACGGACCCUCUCGUCGUGCCGAUAACCAUCCCAAGCCCGACGACCGUCACAGACAUCGCGACCGACACGCUGACAGCGACGUUGACAGAACCUCCUGUCACCGUGACCGUCCCCGCGGCAUCCGUGACCGUAACGGCUGUGGUAACGAUCUCGCCCAUGCCCCCGCCCGCCGCACUACAGACGGCGUGGAUCGCCCCCGCGCAAAUGACGAACCUCUCCGCCUUCAACAUCACCUACUUCCCCUCGGGGCAGAAGAACGUGCAGAUCCUGCCCGGUGUCCCCGCGGACCCUGGCCUGGCCCCGCUCGCCUUCCUCGCAGACGCCGCAUCCGCCAGCGCCCCUGCGACCUCCGCGGACUCGCCGCAAAGCACGAUCGCGGCCGCGGUGAUGCAGCUGUUCUACCCCCAGGACUCGAUCGAUCCUGGAAACCCGGACACGCCCCAGGGCGGCGCGGACUUCUACGCCACGCCGCUGGACCUGCGCGGCGCGCGGGGCGUGGCCCUCGAGUACAGCGUGUUCUUCCCGGGCGACUUUGACUGGGUCCAGGGCGGGAAGCUCCCGGGCAUCUAUGGCGGCAAGGUAGGCUGCUCUGGCGGCGAUGCCGCCGUGACGUGCUUCAGCACACGGCUCAUGUGGAGGCCAGACGGCGCGGGGGAGCUGUAUCUGUACGCCCCGAAGGACAAGCAGACGAAGGCGCUCUGCUCGACGCCGCCACAGUCCGUCUGCGACGCUGCGUACGGCCUCUCUGUCGGCCGGGGCUCCUUCUACUUCGCUGCUGGCAACUGGACUCGGGUAAGGCAGACGGUGACAUUGAACACGCCCGGUGCGCAGGACGGCGGAUUCCUUCUGGAGGUGAAUGGCCAACCUGUCAUCGAUCGUUCGGAUGUCUUCUAUCGGGACGCUGUUGCACCUUCCAAGGGUGACGGCAGUGCGAACGAUAGUGGCGCCGAUGGCUCUUCUGGGUCCAGCUCUGGUGGUCUCUUGGGGGGUCUACUUGGAGGGCCUCUGCGUAUCGCUCUGUGGCCUGACAGCAACUUCCUGAUGUCGCGCGAUGACACGGACGACGCGGUGCCGGCGUCGCCUGCACCAGGAGGCACGAUGCGCACAGCUGACCCUACCAUACCUGUGGAGCUAGUCACGACCUUGCUGCCGAACACAACGACGGUGCAGAGUACGUCGACCACUACAAGGCUCAGUACCACGGAUCCUGGUCCCUUGCUGCAGUUCGUCACGGCGUUCGAGACGAGCACGGCUGUUGCGUAUCCCACCGCGUUACCCGGGAAGAGCUUGUUCGGGAUCAAGGAGGUGCAACAGGCGGAGCCCGUCGGCUUCACGGGUCUGUUCUUCAGCACUUUCUUCGGGGGCCAUGAGCAGGAGUAUGCUAGUCCGAGGGAUCAGUAUGCGUGGUUUAGCAACUUCUCAAUGACUAUCGUCGCUUGA